AAAUCCGGAAGAGGGCCUCAAUUGCUAGGACAAGUGCUGCUCUUUUUUUUUCGAAGCUGCUGGGCGAUGGGAUUUUGCUCGAGCUGAGAGAGUGAGUGGUUUCGGAAGGUAAUUCGCGAUCGCUUCUUAUAGAAUGGGUUAUUCGACACUGUCGCUAUUAGCACUACCCGCGCUGCUCCUGGGCCCGCAAGCUCUCGCGCAAACCGACUUCUCAACUUCCAGUGGGAUUUCGACCUGGAACCAGAGCGAUUGGUCUUUGACUGCGUCCAGGUUCAUCCCGGGUCAGUUUCAAGCGCGAGCAUCGCUUGCGAAUGGCUAUGUUGGAGCUUCACUCGCUGCAGCGGGACCCUUUUUCGAGAUAGACGUCAACCAGACUGAUCCCACGGGCAUCCAACCCACAAACGGAUGGCCUCUAUUCAAUCCCCGGAUAUCAUUUUCUACCAUCUCGGGGUUUUACAAUAUCCAACCUAAUGCCACGGGCACAAACUAUCCGUGGCUGGACCAGUAUGGCUGGGACUCAUUCAUAGCGGGCAUACCGCAUCCAACAGCAAUCAUCUUUGCCUUCGGGGAUAGAGUCCUCAAUGCUUCGGUCAGCAAUACCACAAUCUCAAAUUUCUCUCAGAAGCUCUCGUUCAAGACCGGUGUGAGCGAGUGGUCGUAUACUUGGAGACCAGACAAUGGUAGCACCAGGCUCAAUGUCACAUACGCCGUAAUCUUUAGCAGACAGAGACCGAACGUCAUUGCGGUGACAGCCAGCAUCACACCCUCGAGAGAUAUUUCCGGCACCGUGACCGAUCUUCUCGAUGGGCGAAGUGCUGUUCGUUCUUACCUCAAUGCGAAAGGAAUGGAUAGCAAUGGUAGCACUAUCCAUACUUCAGUUCAUCCCGACGGACUUGCCAAUGUCACCGGCUAUGUUGUCUCUGGCACCAACUUCUCGAACCCGUAUACCGAUUUAUCGUCACGGGCACUUGCACAUGGAACAGACGUAAGCAAUACCACGAGUAUCGGGCAAACAUACAACAUUAGUCUUAGGCAAGGACAGACGGCUACCUUCUACAAAUAUGUCGGCGUAGCAUCAACCGACAAAUUUCCAGAUGCCGAGUCUGUCGCUCGACGUGCGCAGGCUUCAGCUCAAGCAGUCGGAUGGGAUGCUCUUCUGGCGGAACACACCGCAGCUUGGGCCACAAUCAUGACUCCGGAUUCUGUUGAUGACUUCACAGACCCUGUCACGGGAGACCUUCCAAGUGAUCCAGAUGUUCUGGCAUUACACAUCACCUCUGUGGCAAACGCAUAUUACCUGCUCCAGAACCUUCAGCCUGAAGGCAGUGGACUCAAUGAUGACAGUAUUGCUGUUGGAGGCCUCGUCUCAGACUCUUAUGCUGGGCAAAUAUUUUGGGAUGCCGAUUACUGGAUGGCACCAGGACUGAAUUUGGUUUAUCCAGAGUGGAGCAAGCAAAUCAGUAAUUUCCGCGUCAAACAGCAUGGUCAGGCUUUGGCCAAUGCUGCAUUCAAUGGGUUCCCAAAUGGAAGUGCAUUAUACCCGUGGACUUCUGGGAGGUAUGGCAAUUGCACAAGUACUGGACCCUGUGUUGAUUACGAAUAUCAUCUCAACUACGAUAUUGCAUUCAAUCUAUUCCAACAAUACAACAUCACCAAGAACGAUACUUGGUUCAACAAUGGCCCAAGACAGAUCAUUGAGAGCGUAGCUAUCAUGACCGGAGAGUUGCUCAAAUACAACGCGACUACGAAGACGUACUGGUUGCACAACAUGACAGAUCCGGAUGAAUAUUCAAAUCAUAUUGAUAACGGACCUUUCACCAUUGCCUCUGCUGCGGACUUGCUGAGACUGGCGAACCAGCUCAGAGUUGCCCAAGGACUGCCGAUAAAUGAGACAUGGUACAACCAAUCUGAGAAUAUUGAAUUCCCAACCGCUCCAUCGGGUAUCACUCUUGAAUAUGAGACGAUGAAUGAUACUGUUCAAGUCAAACAAGCUGAUGUUGUGUUGUUAACUUACCCGUUAGACUAUGGUGGGAAUUAUACCAUGGCCGAUAAGUUGCUGGACCUGAAUUAUUAUGCCGAUAAGCAAUCUCCUAAUGGCCCAGCAAUGACUUAUUCGGUAUUCGCCAUCGAUGCCAAUGCUCUAUCGCAGUCAGGUUGCUCAGCAUAUACGUACACGCUCAAUGGUUUCAUACCAUAUCUCCGGGAGCCCUGGUAUCAGUUCUCGGAGCAAGCUGUCGAUGAUGUUCAUCUUAACGGGGGCACCGACCCUGCAUUCCCUUUUCUGACCGGCCAUGGCGGUGCCAACCAAGUCGUCCCCUUCGGCUUCCUAGGAAUCCGUACCGACCAACCAGUCUUAUACAUCAAUCCCUCUCUCCCCCCUCAGAUCCCCUUCGUUAAAGUACGGACCUUCCACUAUGCUGGGGCCACUCUCUCCGCCACCAUGAACAGCACCUACACCAACCUAACUCGUAUCCCGACACCUCCUUCAGCCAAUCUAGUCGACAUCUAUUCAAACACCACCCUCCCCCUCAUAGUCGGCUCACCCAACGCCGCUCCCACCUCAAACAUAACCUACACCAUAGCCAUCAACGAAACCCUCACAAUCCCCAACCGUCUCUACUGGCAAACCCUAACCCAACCCUCCGACCUCCUCCAAUGCCUCCCAGUCACCAGUUCCUCCCCACACGUCCCGGGCCAAUUCCCCGUCGCCGCCAUCGACGGCGCGCGCUCCACCUCCUGGCAACCCAAGACCAACGCCUCCUCCACGCUCCUCAUAAACAUGACGAGCACGCCACCCACGCCCAUCUCGGGAGUAUUCUUCGACUGGGGCUCCCGGCCCGCCACCUCCGCCGUCCUGUAUCUCGGCAACAUGACCUCAGCCGGCAUCAUGACGGGCUCUGAAAUCUCUAUCGACAUCGGCGGGAUCACGCCCAGCGUUCCCUAUAACGCGAAUGCGAGCGCGGCGAGCACAGAUGCGGUCGUGCCGGUGGUCGGUAACACGACGGCGAUUGCGGUGGUGGGCGGUGCGUGGACGGGCGAUUAUGCAAGGUUGCAGAUAGAGGGCUGUUGGGAGAUGGAUGGUGUUGGGGCGACGGUGAGUGAGUUUGCGCUUAUUGCGGGUUCGAUCUCGUGAGUUCUGGGAUUGCUAGGUUUGUUGUCUGUGCGUGUCUAUGGUGGUUAGUUAGUCAAUCAGUCAGUUAGUUGGUUGUGUGUAUGUAUGUAUGUAUGGAAUGAUUCAAGAUAUCCAUCAAUCCCGAACUCGGAUUUUACCUACC